GUAAAACGACUACAUUACCCAAAAACGUUUGACGGUGCUUGCUGGUUUGUUGUAAAUAUAUCUAUCAGAAUUUCAGUGAUUCGCUGCUGCUAAAUUUGGUCAAAGAAGUCACUACAGAAGGCUUGUUGUUAGAUCUGUCGACGGAGCACUUUGUAGACGCUUCUUCUCUCGCCGUUUGGAUUUGAUGGUUUAUAACGCAAAAUGUGCAAAAAGAGAAAGUGAUACAUUUCUCAAGGAAGCUUUGACCGUCGGAAAAUCUUUUCUUCGAAGCAAGACAAGGCGAAAUAAGCGCAAAAUAAAGCAUGUCAAAGCAAGAAGAAAGAGACUUCUAAGAACGUGGUAAAGGAGAACAAAUAUCAACGUAAAUCUUCAGGAACGUGAUCCGGAUACUUUCUCAGCAUGUGUAUGAAACUUAGCCAGGAUUCCAGUUGGAUUUUUCUCUACAUUUACUAGGCGGUGACGUUUUAAGUCGAACCGAGUUGCGAAGAGAGAAUCCUGUUUUAAUUUGCAACUCCGAUACUUCCUCGUCAUUGAAAUCCUAUACAAACGGCAGGAAUGUCUCUGGGAAGGGAUAUAAACUGCUUCAAAUGUACCAAACAGUAGUUGGAGGAAAUACUACUUGUAAAUCUGCUUUCUCUCGCUCAUUCUCUUCAGGGUGUAAAUGAGCUACGUGGUAUUGAAUUUGCGUGAAUAACGUACAAGUUGUUAUUUUCUCACCUCCCCCUUUUCCUCUUAUCUCAGAUUUUUUUUUUGGCAUAUCGUGGAAGGAUUAAAUACCAUUUUGAUGAUUCGAGAUCUGAGCAAGAUGUACCCCCAAGCCAGACACCCAGCUCCCCACCAACCUGCCCAGCCCUUUAAAUUCACCAUAUCGGAGUCCUGCGAUAGGAUAAAGGAGGAGUUUCAGUUCUUGCAGGCUCAAUAUCACAGUUUGAAACUUGAAUGUGAGAAACUAGCCAGUGAGAAAACAGAGAUGCAGAGGCAUUAUGUCAUGUACUAUGAGAUGUCCUAUGGUCUGAAUAUAGAGAUGCACAAACAGGCAGAAAUUGUUAAGCGGCUCAACGCCAUUUGUGCUCAAGUUAUUCCUUUCUUAUCCCAGGAGCAUCAGCAGCAAGUUGUCCAGGCAGUUGAAAGAGCUAAACAAGUAACCAUGGCAGAGUUAAAUGCUAUUAUUGGGCAGCAACAGCUCCAAGCGCAGCACCUGUCACAUGGUCAUGGACUUCCAGUACCCCUUACGCCUCACCCAUCUGGACUGCAACCUCCUGCUAUUCCACCAGUGGGCAGUAGUGCUGGAUUGCUGGCACUGUCAGCACUAGGAGGACAUCCGCAACUGCCAAUCAAAGAUGAGAAAAAACACCAUGACAACGAUCACCAAAGAGACAGAGACUCUGUAAAGAGCUCUUCAGUGUCACCAUCCGCAAGCUUCAGAGGAGCAGAGAAGCACAGGAACUCAACCGAUUACUCGUCAGAUAAUAAGAAACAGAAAACUGAUGAUAAGGAUUUGGCAACCCGUUAUGACAGUGAUGGUGAAAAGAGUGAUGACAAUUUAGUAGUGGAUGUAUCAAAUGAGGAUCCAGUUUCACCAAGAGGAAGCCCAGCACAUUCCCCACGAGAGAAUGGUUUAGACAAAGCUCGCAUAAUUAAGAAGGAUGCACCCAUUAGUCCUGCAUCCAUUGCUUCUUCAAGUAGCACCCCAUCUUCAAAAUCCAAAGAACUCGGUCUUAAUGAAAAAUCUACUACACCAGUGUCCAAGUCCAGCACUCCAACUCCACGUUCAGAUGCACCCACUCCAGGGAGCAAUUCCACUCCAGGAUUGAGGGCAGUACCUGGCAAACCACCAGGCGUUGACCCAUUAGCUUCAGGUUUACGGACCCCCAUGGCAGUGCCAUGCCCAUAUCCUGCUCCUUUUGGUAUUGUGCCUCAUGCUGCCAUGAAUGGAGAACUGACCAGCCCUGGUACUGCAUAUGCUGGGUUGCAUAACAUCUCUCCACAGAUGAGCGCUGCUGCAGCUGCAGCAGCCGCAGCUGCUGCCUAUGGGCGAUCUCAGGUGGUUGGGUUUGAUCCACAUCAUCAUAUGAGAGUACCUGGAAUCCCUCCAAACCUUACUGGCAUCCCUGGUGGAAAACCCGCCUAUUCAUUUCAUGUUAGUGCUGAUGGACAGAUGCAGCCUGUGCCCUUUCCUCCAGAUGCAUUGAUUGGUCCAGGUAUUCCCCGACAUGCCCGUCAAAUCAAUACCUUGAGUCAUGGAGAAGUGGUGUGUGCUGUGACCAUCAGCAACCCCACAAGACAUGUGUACACUGGCGGCAAAGGCUGUGUAAAAGUCUGGGACAUCAGUCACCCUGGAAACAAGAGCCCAGUGUCUCAGCUGGAUUGUUUGAACAGAGACAACUACAUCCGCUCCUGCAGAUUACUCCCUGAUGGGCGCACCCUGAUUGUUGGAGGGGAAGCGAGCACGUUAUCCAUCUGGGACCUGGCAGCACCCACCCCACGCAUCAAAGCAGAACUGACAUCUUCAGCUCCUGCAUGCUACGCAUUAGCUAUCAGUCCUGAUUCCAAGGUCUGCUUCUCCUGCUGCAGCGAUGGGAACAUUGCAGUCUGGGACUUGCAUAACCAGACAUUAGUUAGGCAAUUCCAGGGCCACACAGACGGAGCCAGUUGUAUUGAUAUUUCCAAUGAUGGCACCAAGCUAUGGACCGGAGGUCUGGACAACACAGUAAGGUCCUGGGAUCUCAGGGAAGGAAGGCAGCUACAACAACAUGACUUUACUUCACAGAUUUUCUCUUUGGGGUACUGUCCAACUGGAGAGUGGCUGUCUGUGGGAAUGGAAAACAGUAAUGUGGAAGUAUUGCAUGUAACAAAACCAGACAAAUACCAGUUGCAUCUUCAUGAAAGCUGUGUGCUUUCACUUAAAUUUGCCCACUGUGGUAAAUGGUUUGUAAGCACUGGAAAGGACAACUUACUUAAUGCCUGGAGGACGCCUUAUGGAGCCAGCAUAUUCCAGUCCAAGGAAUCAUCUUCUGUGUUAAGCUGUGAUAUCUCUGUGGAUGAUAAAUACAUUGUCACUGGCUCUGGGGACAAGAAGGCCACUGUCUAUGAAGUUAUUUAUUAAGCACAGGAUCUAAAUACAAAGAGGACUCCAACUGAAGCACUUUGUUAUAUCUGAUCUUUAAAACUAAUGCUAAAUUCAAAUUUAUAUGAGGUAACAUUACUUGGACCUUUUACUACUACUAUUGCGGAUGUACAGUAAAUGCUUAUGAUACCAAAUCUUCAGCGAAGAGCUGCCUGAUUGAAGCCAGGCAUUCUUGUAUUGACAUAAACUUGUAAACUAAAACAAAAAAAACUAAAGAAAAACUUAGUAUUUAUUAUAACAAAGGAUUUUCUAACCAGUAUUUAAAUUAUGAUUGGAUGGAGCUGCAAGACCAGAGUAUUACAAUUUGAG